AUGGAAGAGGACGGGGUGGAAAGAGUGGGCACGGAAGAGGCAGGAUGCGCGCAAUCCUGCCUGCAACUGCGUCCUCUUGCGCCUGCGCAGUGCAAGUUCCCGGGACGCAUUCUGUUGCCGUGGAGACGGAGGUUCUCGGUGACGUCAGAGAUGCCGCGAAAAGCCGUCGUCAAUUCGUCUGUUUUCCGCGGCCUCCGCUGCCAGGCGCCCGGCUGCAUGACGCUGGUUUCGGCGGGUGGCUCGCUGCGCGCCCACGUCCUGCGCAACCGCAGCGUGCUGCUGCAGUGGCGCCUGGCCCCGGCCGAGGCGCGCCGCGUGCGCGCCUUCGCGCUCAACUGCUCGUGGCGUGGCACCUACACGCGCUUCCCGUGCGAUCGCGUGCUGCUGGGCGCCUCCUGCCGCGACUACCUGCUGCCCGACGUGCACGACAGCGUGCGCUACCGCUUGUGCCUGCAGGCGCUGCCGCUACGCGCCGAGCCCGCCGCAGCGGAGUGCGUGGAGUUCACCGCCGAGCCCGCAGCUAUGCAGGAGAUCGUGGUGGCCAUGACGGCGGUGGGCGGCUCCAUCUGCGUCAUGCUGGUGGUCAUCUGCCUGCUGGUGGCCUACAUCACGGAAAACCUCAUGCACCCGACCUUCCGGCGGCCCAGCCAGCGCAGGCAGGCAUGAAGCGCGAGGCAGCCGGCACCACCUGCUCGAGUGUGCUGAGACCCCAGGCCCUCCGCCUGCUCGCCCUCGCCUCAUUCCCUCACCCUCUUUAGGAUCUCCAUGGAGGGCCUGAUGGAGACGAAUAGGGGACCGGCUAGCCCACGCAGGGACCUUGGCAUCAUUCCACGACCGUGCCAGCCCCAAGUGUGCUGUCUGCCUCCCAGACUCAGGCUCUAGACUGGCCCAUGGGCCGGGCUGGGGUGCUAGCCGUGUCCCGGGGUCUCCCCCAUCUCCAAGGCCUUUAUUGGGGGCGGCCAGAACAUACGGUCUCUUCCAGCAAGCACUACUGGCACCCAGGAUCUUCAACCUGAACUUCCAUCCUGUGCCAGGUUGUCAAAGUUUGGCCAUGAUCAUUGCCUGGUCACUUUGUGCUUUGCAGGUUGGUGGGGAGUGGCCUCUGGAGCCUGUUCCCAUCCCACCUUACCCCAGUGGGCUUAGGUUAGCUUUGUGCCUUAGUAUCUCUGGCCCACUGCAGGAGCCACCCACUAUCCCUCAGCUGUCCACAGGGGUCUGUGGCCCUGGGACUAGCUGGCUUAUGCAUGCUUCAGGCCAGAGUCCCAGUGAGGACACACAGUCUUCGAGAUUUUUCAGGAGCCUGGGGCAAGGGUACACAGGCCCUGUUGUGUCUUCCUAUGUGGGUGUCAGAGAAGCCGAGAGCCAUGAUGUAGCUCAGCAGUCUGGGCCCCAGCAUCCAGCUGCUGCAUCCAGGGGUGAGUGUCCUCCACCUGGGGAGGCUGGGGAGUCACCUUUUCCUUUUGCUUGUACUGCCUUGAUCAGGUCUUGGGGCAGGGGUGUUGGGGGAUGGGAGCAGACAGGUGGUUGGGAGGACAGCAUCGGAUCCUGAAGGCAGAAGGUGAGCUGCCCGCCUUGCCUAGCCAGACCCUUCUCUGUGGUCUGGGUACCAAGCCUCAACCAAUCCAGGAGACCUCAGUGGCCACAUUGUGACCAGCUGUUCUAGCCCCAGCCCUUCUCACACUAGAGAGUGGAGAGCCUGAGAUCUGACCUCAAUGAUGCUGCCCACCCUUCCACGUGGACAGAGGCUGGCCCUGCCCACCUUCUGGCAGACCCAGGCACCUGGCUGAGGUUGCCCAGCCACCUGGUGGUAUUGGGCACUGGGAGGAGGAAGGCAUUGCCCAGCUGCCCUUGAGCCCAGGCUCUGACCACUGGACUUGACCCUGGCUAAUCCUCCAGUCUCACCCCAGCAACCACACCAACCCUGGGCCCGGCUGGCAGCACCCAUGCCCUACCUCUUUGUCUUUGCUCUGCCCGCUCCCUGCGAGGCGCUGGUCAGUUGCCAACGUCUAAAUGUCCAUCACUCUCAGACCAAAA